AUUCCUUUCGAUCUUGUCGAGCCAUAUCGUUCGAUUCUCGCUUUUCUCACAACCGACCACGAAUUUCAGGUUGCGGUUCAGCGCAAGUCAUACAGUCCAAUCCAAUCCAAUACAAAGUAACUGCAUUUGCUUCAAUAACCAUGGCCACUGUCGUUGACCCCUCCAAAGCCCCGGUGGAAAUGAUCGAGGACAUCGAGGCCGCCGAGGAAGCCGGAGACACCGAGCAGAUCCUGGCGUACCUCCGUUUCGCCUCGUCGGAGGACCGCCGGAACGAGGAGGGCGAGGACGAAGAGUACGUCUGGACCGAGGUCUCCGAGGAAGCCCUGGACGCCUUUUACCGGCUGGUCAAGGCCAGCAAGGAGCUGGGUGCUUCCGCGGCCCUGUCGCACCUGGCCGACGUUUUUGCGGCCCUCGGGGCGUGGAAGGAAGAGGAAGCCAUCGUGGAGGUGGCGCUGGGGUGCAUCGUGGCCGUGGCGUCCAGGGCGGGCAAGGACGAGGGCGACGGUUCCAACAGCGACGACCGGGCCGGCGCCCUUUCCGUUGGACUCGUUCUGGACACCAUGAAGGAGUUUGCCGACGAGCCGACCAUCCAGGAGCAGGCGUGCCUGGCCAUCGAGGGCCUGGCCCUGUGGAGGGACGACUGGAAGGCCGCCCUCGGCGAGGCCGAGGGGAUCCAGGACGAGCUUGCUGCCGCACGGGGGGAGCGCAUCACGAACGAGCGCAACAAGGCGUACCCCCUCCGCGCCGCCAAAGCCCUGGGCAUCGAGCUCGACGAGGCGUAGGGCGGCGGUGCCGUGCGGGCGGCACGGUGGUUCGAUGCACCACGAGAUCUACCGCGACGGAGGCUUCCGCACGAGCCACUGGAGCGCAGAAAACCAAGGUCGGUCGGUCGCAAACGACGGCGAAUGGAGGCGAACCGAUCGAACGAAACGGGAUUGGUGCAACAGCAAAAAAAAGGGCCAAAUGUAUCUGUCAAAACACCGGACUUGCUAGUACUACAGUACCGUGCCUUUGUUCUGUCCGGACAAGCAAUGGUUCCCACCAUCGGUGUGUGCCAUGCGCCAUCGGGUUUGUCCUUUCUGCGAAUGCGAACGGAACGACUCAAAACUCCUAUUCUGUACACACUUUGUUUGUUUGUUCGGUGGGUCCAACAACGGUUGCAAAUGCUGGUCGUCGAUGCUAUAAAUAUAGAGCUAAAGAACAAAUAGAAGAAACUACAGCCUUGAUUCCUAGAGGAAGACUACUCAGUGGUACUGCUUCUCGUAUCGAACGACAUUUGCAACUCAUUCGUGCUACAUUCCAGAAUGCACGGAAUAAGUCGGACGUCCGUGCUACGUGUUUCCAGAGCGAAGAAGGCAGGGUGAUAUCUGUGCAAAAUGCAUUUACGGUUAUUAUCAAGAAUUUGUUACUGCUCAAAUAAUAAAUGUAUGUUCCGUUGCGGUCAGUAUCUGGAAGGAGCCAACUAGACGGUUUUUCCACCUCGACGGUCUCCGCUGCCAGCACCACAAUCAAAAUCAAUCCACAUAUCUACAUACACAGGCGCGACGUUUGCCUGUUUGUUCUUACUCCUCGUACGAAAUAUCGACCGUGAUCGUUCCGUUCGCCCGCAACAGGUUUCGGUCGAUGGUCUUCUCGAUGCGCUUGGGCGAGGACGAGAUGCCCUCGUGCUCGAGCUUGAUCUUGCACCAGCCCGCCUUGUCGUCCUUGGAACCAAUGUCCGAGUCAUAGACGCGGAGGGUCAGGACCAUGUUGUCGAGGGUAGGGAUGUUGAAGUUGAAGGAUUCGUUCCAGACGGGGUUGACGUCGCCCUGCUUGACCGAGGUCUUUUGGUACCCAUAGUCCUUGUCUCGAAUCUAAAUCGAACGAACGAACGAGAGAAGAACAAAACAAAAAACAUGCG